UUGAGGAGAAGCUGGAAUAGGAACAACACUGCACCUCCUCUCUCUCUCUCUCUCUCUCGCUCUCUCGCUAUCGCACACGAACCCAUCAUCUUCGGUCCAUCAUGCACUCUGCAAGACAGAAGAUGUUGCCGACUGACCCGCUUCAUCGCCUCCUCCUGGCCGGAGUUUGCCUAUGCGUGUGUGGAAAUGCAGUCCAGGAUCUCCGGAAGGAAGCUGCAGGUUCAGUCAGAUGGAGAUCUUUGAGGAUGGUGAUGCCAAACGGGCAAAGUCUUGAUGCAGAAUCCAAGCCCAAAGCGCUGAAGUUCUGGAGGAUGCUUGACAGAGAGAACAUCCACAAAGCUGUCCUGGAAAGGACACAGAGAGACACAACAGCCAUUAGACUGCAUGAAGACACAAGGUGGUCUUUCUCCACUAGGGUUCCAAAUCCAUCCAGUCCCCUCCUCACACCAGUCUCUGUUCUCACACGGACCACCACGCCGUCAUCAAUGUGGGAACGUGAAGGUCCUAUACUACCCACACCACCGGAACCCUUCUUACCCGACAUGAGUGAAGACACCAUGCCCAAAGAAGACGGCAUGGAGGGUCUGUGGACAGAGGCUCCCAGACCCAGCGGAGCAAACACGGCGGCGCCGCCUUCCCAGGACGACACCACAGAGGGAACCAUGUCGUCCGAGUCCCUGCCGCUCAUCUUUGAGCCUAUGGAGGAAUCCGUGGCUCAGCUUCCAGCUGUCGUCAUGGCAACCGCAGUCACGCCGCUGCCAGAGGAAGACUCGGAGCGAGCGGUCACCACGGAGACAGACAAGCCUCUACGCACAAUGCCCCUGAUGACGACUGAGGUCCAGCUUCUGAAUGUCAGCAGCCAAUCAGGCACUGUGCCGACGUCAGAACUCACCGACACUGCGCAAGAUUCCACCCCGGUUACCGCGGCAACCAAUCCACCUGUGCCCUUUCCCCAAUCGGGUUUAGAGGAGACGGACUCUGAGGACGAUCCGGACGAGGAGAAUUCUGAGGAAUCGCUGGAGGACGAGGAGAGCCAAGAGGACCCGACUGAGACGUCCCGGACUCAGCCUACGUACAGCCUCAUCCCCCCACCUCCUGUUUGGGUGCAACGCAAUCAGGGCCUGAUGCGUAGCUGGGUGGCACUGAUCCAAGAAAAGGCAGGCUACGUUUCCGGCAUGUUGGCCCCGGUGGCCAUUGGCAUGGUGGGGGCCCUUCUGCUUGUUGGCGCCCUCUACAGCAUGAGGAGGAUUCAGCGGAGUCGGCGGAACAGCUUUAAACGCCAGCGGAGGAAGGUCCGGCCUGCGGAGCAACCAGGCGAGACGUGCAUCGGCCAGCAAGAUCAGGCCAUGCUGUUGGCCGACAGUUCAGAGGAUGAGUUCUGAUCCAAAAAGACUGACCCAAUCAAUGUUGCCAUGACAGCGGUAUCUAUAUACCGCCUCAGACAGCUCCUGGACAAUCUCACGUGGGAACUUAAUUCCAUGUUUCAAAAUGGCUGUGUGGUCAUGUGACACCUAUUUCACAAAAAAAAACAAAAAAGGGAAUAAUUGAAAAGGUACACAACACAAAUACAGUAUAGUGCUUGUACAUGUUAGUGUCAAUAUAAAUGUGUUACAUGUCACAUUUACUUUGCUAACAGGGCUAGCGUGGUAGCUAACAAUUUCUCAUUCACAGCUUUUCAUUUAUUGUUUGCAUCUGCGUAUGGACUAAAUGUUUCAAAUGUAACUUAAAACACAAAGCAAUGAAUAAGCAGUUGUCUGGUGUUAUUGUUGGUUAUCAGGACUUUUUUGUCAGUAAAGGUCAGCAUUUGUGAUUUUUAAAAAAGUCAAUUCAGUGACUUAAUUCGGGAGACGUCUUGAGACAAUUGAAUCUAAUGAGAUUCACUUCUUGAGCUAACUUUAUGGUCUUAUUUGAUUGUAUUUUUUAUAUGUUCAAUGUUGAAACACAGGUGUUAAUGCAAUAAUACUGUUUUGGGUUAUUAAAAGACGUUUUGUCUUUUGUGUUUUCUCAAAAUAAAAGAAUU